AUGCCUGUGACCAAGAGUGCUGAUAGUCCCCAGGUAGCCACCACUGUCAAGUUGGACCUUGUGUCAUCUCCUGAGAGUACCAAGAAGGUGCAGAGCCAGGAUCCCAGUGUCGUGAAUGGGAACUCUUCAGAGUCAUCGAAGACUACCAAGGGCAUAACAGGGUUCCAGACAUUGGUUCAUCUGGUCAAAGGCAACAUGGGCACAGGGAUCCUGGGUCUCCCCCUGGCUGUGAAGAACGCAGGUAUCUUGAUGGGCCCGCUCAGUUUGCUGGUGAUGGGCCUCAUUGCCUGCCACUGUAUGCACAUCCUGGUCAGGUGUGCCCAGCGCUUCUGUCACAGACUCAACAAGCCCUUCAUGGACUAUGGGGACACAGUGAUGCACGGAUUGGAAGCCAGUCCCAACGUCUGGCUGCAAAACCACGCCCACUGGGGGAGGUACAUCGUGAGUUUCUUCCUCAUUGUUACACAGCUGGGCUUCUGCUGUGUGUAUAUUGUGUUUCUGGCAGACAAUUUAAAACAGGUUGUAGAAGCUGUUAAUGGCACAACCUUCAGUUGCCACAACAACGAGACUGUAGUUCCGAUGCCCACCAUGGACUCACGACUCUACAUGCUUACCUUCCUGCCCGUUCUGGGGCUUCUGGUCUUUAUUCGGAACCUCCGUGUCCUCACCAUCUUCUCCCUGUUGGCCAACAUCAGCAUGCUGGUUAGCCUAAUCAUCAUUGCCCAGUACAUCAUCCAGGGAAUUCCAGACCCUAGCCAGUUGCCAAUGGUAGCAAGCUGGAAGACCUAUCCUCUCUUCUUUGGAACAGCCAUUUUUUCAUUUGAAAGCAUUGGCGUGGUCCUGCCUCUGGAAAACAAGAUGAAGGAUGCCCACCGCUUCCCAACCAUUCUGUCUCUGGGGAUGUCCAUCAUCACCACCCUGUACAUUGCCAUUGGGGCCUUGGGCUACCUGCGGUUUGGAGAUGACAUCAAAGCCAGCAUCACUCUUAACUUACCCAACUGCUGGCUGUACCAGUCAGUCAAGCUCCUGUAUGUUGUUGGCAUCCUGUGCACCUAUGCCCUGCAGUUCUACGUCCCUGCAGAAAUCAUCAUCCCCUUUGCUGUCUCCCAGGUGUCAAAGCGCUGGGCACUGCCCUUGGACCUGUCCAUCCGUAUCGCCAUGGUCUGCCUCACAUGCAUGCUGGCCAUCCUCAUCCCACGCCUGGACCUGGUCCUCUCCCUGGUGGGCUCUGUGAGCAGCAGUGCCCUGGCUCUCAUCAUCCCGCCCCUGCUGGAGAUGACCACCUACUACUCGGAGGGCAUGAGCCCCCUGACCAUCAUCAAGGAUGCCCUCAUCAGCAUCUUGGGCUUUGUGGGCUUCGUAGUGGGGACUUACCAGGCCCUGGAUGAGCUGAUUGAGUCUGGGAACACUCUCCCCUUGAACUCCACUAUGUUUUUUCAGUGA